CACCAUGGGCUCAGGUUCCCCCCAGAAUCGAGGCCUUCGGCCAUCCCGUCCCACAUGCUCAACGGCAGCUCCCCACUACAAUUAUCCUCGUCGCCGGGCAGUGGCACCCGUGUCCGGGAUGCUCGUGAGCGGGAGGUCCUCAAUACUUCCAUCAGGUCUUCGUUCGCUCCUCGCAUCCCGGCUGGAUUUCAACCGGCCGAAGAAGGCAGCGAGUCGAACGUGGCGGGGUCGUCCCCUGCUACAGAUUCCACCCCCGUUGUCGGCGACACUGUUGCAGCUCCCCACGGUGCCUUGUCGUUGCGUGGCCGACCCAGUUUGAACGACCCUCCCCGCGACCCCCGUGACGAAGGCGGACCAUUGACUCCGCCGGCUACGGCGAGCCGUCCUGCUAGCCCCUAUACUCUGAACCCACCAAUUGACUUUGACGGACUCAGCUGGCCUUGUCCUGGAACCAGACAGCGCCUGGAGUCAACCCCAGAAGAGAACGAACAGCGGAUCCAGAAGCUUGCGGGUGCUGUGCGGACAAUUCUGGAAUGUGUUGGCGAAGAUCCAGAGCGCGAGGGCCUACGUGAGACCCCAGAGCGCUAUGCCAAAGCCAUGUUGUAUUUCACGAAGGGCUACGAGGAGAACGUGCGGGACCUUGUCAACGGUGCUGUUUUCCACGAGGACCACGAUGAGCUUGUUAUUGUCAAGGACAUCGACGUUUUCUCCCUCUGUGAACACCACAUGGUACCGUUUACCGGAAAGAUGCAUAUCGGAUACAUCCCGGAUCGCCGCGUCCUUGGCCUUUCCAAAUUGGCUCGUUUGGCUGAGAUGUUCUCCCGCCGAUUGCAAGUCCAGGAGCGCUUGACAAAGCAGGUUGCUCUGGCCAUUUCUGAAGUUCUGAAACCUCGUGGUGUUGGCGUUGUCAUGGAAUCCUCCCAUCUUUGCAUGGUGAUGCGCGGCGUGCAAAAGACCGGCAGCACCACAACCACUAGCUGCAUGUUAGGCUGUAUGCGGUCCAGUGCUAAGACUAGAGAAGAAUUCUUGGCUUUGUUGCAUCGGAGAUAA